AUGGAAGAUAAUAACAAUAAAAUUGCUGAUGAUAACGAUAAAGCUGAAGAGUUUGAAUUCAAUUUUAUUAAUAUUCCAUGGGAUGAUAGGACUAAAUUUAGCAAAAUAGGUAUUAUUGCACUUUUAGCAGCGAUAUGCCUCGCCAUCAUAGGGGGAGUUCUCAACAAUUUUAUUCUGCAUUACAAGAGUUUUUAUAAAAACACUCAGCAAACCCACGAACUAAUAUGCCGUAUUGUGAAAAUAGAAGCUUAUCCUUUUGUUGCUAGAAUACACCUAGCCUCAACACAACAAUUGUUAUGUCUGGGUGCUGUAAUAAGUUCUUCAUCAGUGAUAGCUAAUGGAGUAUGUGUCAAAUCUGGACCAAUUCGGCUGGGGCUAGGAAGUCCUUCGAAUCAGUUGUGCAAAAAAGGAUUUACCGUAGACCUAGUAGAUCCAAUUCGACACGAUGGCGCAAUUUCUAACACUCUUGUUAUUUUGACAACGAUGGAAAAAAUGUCUUCUUGCUCAUCCACAAUCAAAAUUAGCGAACAUGUUGAUUUUAUAUCGAAGGCAUACAUUCUAGGAAGACCCUUGUUGGCGGACCGUGUUACGAAAACUUUAUCUCGACAGCCUGCAACUUUGCUUAGUGCCGAUGAGAUAACCAAUAUAAGUCUAAUUCCCUUCAAAAAUUUGAAGAAAUCGAGCAUGAUAUGUGUCAAAGAUUUGUCGAACUGUCCUGUUCGUGCUGGAGAUCUGCUAAUCCAAGACGAUGAGGUGCUCGGUUUAGCGUCGACAAGUGUCCAUCGCACUGACCUCAGCAAUAUGGCUUGUUUUGCAGAUCUUAAUGUGGUGCGGCCAGAAUUGACCGAAUUGUUAUGA